AUGGUCAGCCGUAUGCAAAAGAAGUUUUGGAAAACCAAGCAAGUCUUAAUCAAGGUUACAGGGAAAAAAGAAGAUGAACAUGUUGUUGCAUCAGAUGCUGAGCUGGAUGCUAAGCUAGAGGUAUUUCAUUCUAUUCAGGCAACGGGAUCAGAGCUGCUGAAAAUAAUUGAAAAAUACCAGCUGGCUCUAAAUGCGGUCUCUCUGGAGGAGAAUGAUUUUGGUUUGCAUCUGAAGGCCCAUGCUCAGCAGAACAGCACACAGGCUGGAAGAAUGAUGACCGCCACUGGUAAUGCUCUGUGCUCGGCUGCAGGUCAAAGGUUGGCUCUCUGUACUCCACUAUAUCGCCUUGAACAGGAAAUGGACACUUUUACAGGUCGGGCAGUAUCGGAUACUUUCCUAACUGUCAACCAAAUGGAGAAGGCACGAACAGAAUACAGAGGAGCCUUACUAUGGAUGAAGGAUGUGUCUCAGGAGCUGGAUCCUGACACCUAUAAGCAGAUGGAGAAAUUCAGAAAGGUGCAGAUACAGGUCAGGAGCUCCAAGAGCCAGUUUGACAAAACAAAGAUGGAUGUUUGCCAGAAAGUAGAUCUUCUUGGAGCCAGCCGCUGCAACUUACUGUCACAUUCACUAGCAUCCUAUCAGGUACAAGGCUCUAGUAACUAG